CCCCAAUAUCCAAGUUAUACUCUCUCGUCUCCCCUCACUUUCUUUCUCUUCUAGUAUUAAGAAAGGAAGUUGAUUUUUUUCAAGGAGAAUGGAAGAAAAGAGGGAAUACAAAAAGGGGCUGUGGACGGCGGAGGAAGACAAGGUUCUGAUGGAUUACAUAAGGGUUCAUGGCAAAGGGAAAUGGAAUCGGAUUGCUAAAGUUACAGGUUUGAAGAGGUGUGGCAAAAGCUGCCGGUUACGGUGGAUGAACUAUCUCAGUCCCGGCGUCAAGCGCGGUGACUUUUCCGAGGAAGAAAAUGACCUCAUCAUCCGCCUUCAUAAUCUUCUCGGAAAUAGGUGGUCCUUGAUAGCGGGUCGGGUUCCGGGGAGAACAGAUAAUCAGGUGAAGAACCAUUGGAACACUCAUUUGAGCAAGAAGCUCGGAGUAAAGAAGGGAAAAGCGAAAUCUGGAGGUUCUUCCCAAUUAUCAUCAAAAGUACUGCAGAGGCAGAAUAAUGGUGGCCCCUCAGAGUACUCCAACACUACUAUGCCUGUGGCUGCUGCUUGUAGCCAGAGGACGGAGAUAGAAGGCAAUUCUUAUAGUCCAAUUGACUUUGGAGGAGGACUUUCCGCCAUGAGUGAUGACUAUGAGAAAGCUUUCUGGUUUUCUUAUAAUGAUUUAGAACUACAUAACCCUAAUGUAAUGGAAUUCUUAGAUCAUGAGUCUCUUGAUUUUGUUUGGAGUGAUUUGUAAUACUAGCCGUUUGAUAGUUUGAUAAUUUUGUAAUCUCCUAAUAACUAAAAUCAUAUCAG